AUGUACCGGUACUUGAAAUGCGACCGUGGAAGGAGAGAAAACAAUUCAAGGGAUCCAGAGACCGUAAAACGGCCAAACACCAAGAGUAAGGCAUGUGGUUGUCGGUUUGUGAUUAAGUGUGAACAACAACGAGUAGAAGAAGAUAAUUGGGUAAUUGAGUUGCUUAAUGACCGCGGCACACAUAACCACGCAUUAAUUGUGUACCCGGAGGGUCACCGCGGUGUUAGUGGUCUUAGUCAAGGUGCUAAGGAAGUUAUUCGUGAGAUGAACGAUGCACAAGCUAAGCCAAAACACAUUAUGGUGGCCAUUAAGAACAAGUAUCCAGAAGAACAUCCCAACAUGAGGCACAUUUACAACUUCAAAGAUAAGAUUCGACGAGAAGGUUCUGAAGGAAGAAAUGUGGCUGAACAGAUGUUGCACCUAGCGAGAGAGCACGGCUACAUAAAUUGGGUCUCAUGUAAUGACCGUUCGAAUAAAGUCAUUACUCGUCUCUUCUUAGCUCACCCUGCCAUGGUGGAGAUGUUACGCACAUAUCCACUUGUUAUUGGUUUGGAUUCGACGUACAGGACAAACAGAUAUGGGUUUCCUUUUUUGGAGAUUGUUGGUGUGACACCGACAAAUCAGAAUUUCUUGAUUGCCUACGCAUUUAUGAAAGAUGAGACUUCAACCAGCUACCGUUGGGUGUUAGAGAAGUUGAAGCUGCUCCUCGGGGAGGGUGUCACUCCCACGGCUAUUCUAACGGAUAAAGAGGGUGGUCUAAUGAGACCGGUCGCCGAGGUUUUCCCACGUUCGAGACAUUUGCUUUGUACUUGGCAUAUCAACAACGACGUGGAGGCCCAUGUUGCACUGUUGUGCAACAAGAACAAGGAUGUUGGUGUUGCGUUCAAGAACAGAGUUUGGAAAAGAAUCAUGGAGGCAGCGACUGAAGCAGAAUACGAAAGUGCAGUUGUGGUGAUGGAAGAUCGUUACGGGAGAUGGCCGGCCGUUAUCGAUUAUGUGCAUAAAACAUGGCUUACUCAUCAUAGAAAGAAAUUUGUCCUAGCUUGGACAAAUGAGGUCCUUCACUUCGGCAACAUCAUGACUUGUCGUGUGGAGAGUCAACACUCCGUCGUUAAGAGCUGGCUUGGGAGUUCGCAAGGGUCUUUGGAUACUGUUUUUAGAAAAGUGCAUGCGUCAAUCAACAAUCAAGUUACAGAGAUUAAAAAUGGUUUAGAGAGCUCAAGACGACGACAUGGUGUUCUGUUUAAGCAUUAUCUAUACCAACACCUUAUUGGUCGUGUGUCUCAUCAUGCUUUAGAGCUUAUUUUGGAUGAACGUAUGAGAAUGCUAAAUUUAAGUACAUAG